AUGGUCCAAAUGUACACUAUUGCUGGCAAGCAAGUCGGCUCCCACGUGCUUGCCAUGAUCACCCUUGGUGUGCUCUCAUCUGGGGCUUACUUUUCGAUGGGAGGAUCGUCCGCAAAGAAGGUUGCAGGUGCAACACCACCUUUGAACGCCAAAAGUCCAGCUGAGGAGAGCUUCAUUACGGACUUCCUGAAGAACGCCGAGGCCGAUGCGAAGAAGGGCAGCAAGCCGGCUCAAUAG